GAUAUCCUAACUUCCAUACAGAGAGUAAGCCCACUCAUAAAGUAUUCAUACAUGGCAUUUGAGUUUGGCUUGUGGACACACUUCAAUUUACCUAAUACUGUAGUUACAUUUCCAUUCAUUUUUCCAUUGACGGCAUGUUGUCCCUGAAGAAGGGGGGCAGAAGCACCUUCCAUGUGUCCAUUUAGAGCACAGCAGGUGUCUGAUGCGUAAACAGAGAUGGAGGAGGGCGCGUAGGUGGGAUGGGUGGACUGAGGCACGUAUUUAAGACGGCGUCCCUCUCAUCCUCCUCAUUAGUCGCUCUUGCCUUUUCUCUGUACACUUGACCAGCAGGCCGUCGCUCCUCCUCAGAAUGUCCAUGCCCAACUCCGAGAACGCCUCCACCCUGGAGAACGCCAUGCAGCUCCUGAUCCAGACGUUCCAUAAGUACUCUGGGAACGAGGGGGACAAAUACACACUGAGCAGGGCUGAGCUCAAGGAGAUGCUUACCGCAGAGCUUGGCAACUACUUGGGGAAUGCCCAGGAUAAGGAGGCGGUGGACAAGGUGAUGGGGGACCUGGAUUCCAACAACGACGGAGAGGUGGAUUUCACAGAGUUCAUCAUACUGGUCGGAGCUCUCACCGUGGCGUGUAACGACUUCUUCCUGGAGUACAACGACAAGCCGGCGAAGAAGUAGCGGACGCGAAGACGUCUGCAAGGCCACGUGAUCAGGAGGGGAAACAGUUCAGACAGGAGAGACGGUCAUCAUCUCAUGGACAUUCACACACACACACGUCUAACAGCCACCAAAGCAGUAAAUGUCCAAUCGUUACAUUACUCCAGCUGUGUGUUUUGCAAUGUGAACAUCUGAAGAGUUUAAGUCGGUUUCAACACUUUUCAUUGUUGAAUAUAUGAAUACUUCUCUCUUUCUUUUGGGCUUUUUGUGUAUUUUAUAACACAUUCAAGCAAAGGAAUGAAUAAAUGUGCCCCUUUACUCAAACUAU